CUGCCGCAAAGCAGUUCGGUGUUGUGGCUGUCGUGUUGUCGGCGGCUAACGGCGAAGAGCUAACGUCUGACCAAAAGGGAUUCCCCCCCUCUACUCCACAGAGUCAUUGCUUUUUGCUUUUCCCCGUUCGUGUGUUGCGAUCAACUGCAAUGGCGGAGAAGUUCGAUAACCUGGAGGAGCACCUGGAGAAAUUCAUCGAGAACAUUCGACAGCUGGGAAUCAUCGUCAGCGACUUCCAGCCCAGCAGCCAGGCGGGACUCAACCAGAAGCUAAACUUCAUGAUAUCCGGUCUGCAGGACAUCGAGAAGUGCCGCCAACAGCUCCACGAGAUCAACGUGCCGCUGGAGGUCUUCGAAUACAUCGACCAAGGUCGGAACCCUCAGCUGUACACCAAGGAAUGCCUGGAGAGAGCCUUGGCGAGGAACGAGCAGGUCAAAGGGAAGAUUGACACCAUGACGAAAUUCAAGAGCCUUCUAAUCUCCGAGCUCAGCAAAGUGUUUCCUGAGGACAUGGCCAAGUACAAGGCUAUACACGGAGAAGAUGCCCCCUCCUAGUGACUCCUGUGCAAUAACCCCUGACCUUCAACCUGUGACCCUCAAAGUUGAAGCCUGCAUGGAGUUUGACCAAGUGGGAUCAUCUAUGGGUGCCGGCAGAAUAUGAAAAUACCCACUUAUUAUUUUUCAUAAACGUUGUGAUGCUGCUGAAGACGAGUAUCCUGAGGGAGAAGCUUCUUAUUUUCUGCUCAGCCCCUUGACUCAGCCAAUUCCCUUCUCUUCUUUUAAUUCCUAAACUUCAUUUAAAGGAAUGGAAAUCAAUAGCAAGCAAAUGAGAGAACUUAUCAAAGAGAAACUUUUUGUUUUCCCUGUGUUGGGUUGUUCUGUUGCCAGACGACACAUUUGUUCUUAAUGUCUGACUCUGACGAUGCGUGGACACUGAGUUAGCAGGAGGAUAUUUUUCACAGCACCCAACUGUACAGAUGAAAAUGAGAAUUAGAGCUGCACGGCACUUGUGUGAUUCUGCGUCAAACACCUUUACUCCAUCAGCCCUACACGCAGUGUAUUUAUACUCUUACACGUCACCUUUUGUAAUGCUUCCCAAUCAUUGUGCAACAUGCAUUUGUACCACACAGUUCAUAACAUUUUGUAUCAAGCUCAGGUUUCUAAUGGCCAGGAUAACCGAAUGCAAAUGUUAUUUGAUGGUACCUCUGUGCCUGAUCACUUGACAUGGUCAGAAAUGAGUCCACUCUUUAUUUGUAACUGGUUUGUAUUAUAAUAUUUGUUAAUAAAUGAUCCUUGUUGGACGGA